CACACGCCACUUACCUCUCACACACACCACUAACAUACAUAGCACUCAUCCCCACACAAACACACACACCACUGACACACGCCACUCACCCCACUCACACCCCACACGCACCCCGGCUAUGUCCACGGGCUCAACAAGCGACACGGACGAGCUGCUGCACGACCUGGAGGGCCACUGGUUGCGAGAGGAGCGCGUCAAGAGCGACCCACGCAGCCCGGCCAGAGGCAUGGCGACCAUCGCCGUGGACGAAUUGGACUUCACCUCCGAAGAAGGCAGCGGUUGCAGCCCCGGCAGCAGCAACAGCAGCAGCGGCGGCAGCAGCAGCAGCAGCAAGGAGUUGAGGCCGACACGCCGACGUCGAGUCACGCAGGGUCGACGCAGAGGUCGAGGAGGAGGAGCAGGAGGCGGCGGUGGUUCUGCUGCUGCUGGUGGCGCUGCUGGCGACGACGGAGGAGAGGGCAUCUCCGAGGGCAAACACGGACAACGCAAUGCGGCCAACGCGAGGGAACGGGCCCGCAUGCGGGUGCUCAGCAAGGCGUUCUCCAGACUCAAGACCACGCUGCCCUGGGUGCCCGCGGACACGAAGCUCUCCAAGCUGGACACGCUGCGCCUCGCCUCCAGCUACAUCGGGCACCUGCGGCAGAUCCUGGCCGACGAGACCUACCAGAACGGAUUCGUGCACCCGGUCAACCUGACCUGGCCCUUCCUGGCCGCUGCCAAGGGGGACUCUGAGCUGAAGGACGGCGGAGCCACUUCUCGCAUGUGCGCCUCCCCCGUCUCCUCGCUCGCGUGAGUGGCUUCGCUCCUCUCUCAGGGGGUCGCCACGUGACGUUCGGAGAGGGACUCCAGCAUCACCAUCAUCAUCAUCGUCGUCGUCAGCAGCAGCAGCAGCAUGAGCAAUAGCAGCGGCAAGGGAAGCAGCAGCAGCCACAGGAUCAGCAGCAGCAUCAUCAGCAGAGGAAUAAAUACUGGCGCCUUCUGCAGGAUUCACCAGUUUGUCCACGUGUCCCAGAUGUUUUUCUUUUGGGAACGUCGAGGACCCAUCGUUACUCAUCGAGGUAGAUUUCAUCUUGACAUGAUGAUGAUGAUGAUGACGAUGAUGGCGAUGAUGAUCAAGACUUUUUCUUAAUAUGAUGAUGACUAUAAUCAAGAUCAUUCGAUAUUUUGACAAUGAUGGUCAUGAUGAUGAUGAUGAUGAUUAUUAUUAUUAUGGCGAUUAUGAUCAAGAUCUUCAUCUUGACGAAGGUGGGUGCGAUGAUGGCAACGAUGAUCAAGAUUUUAACCGUGAGAUGAUGAUGAUAAUUGCGAUGGUGAUUACCAAGGCAUCGCCGCCUAUUACAACCGCACCACCGCCACGAUCAUCGUUGUCAAAAUCAAAGACAGCGAUACGAACAGAGCAUAGCUUUGAAAAACGAUGCUUUGCGGGACGAAGCACUUAACGCAUACGGUUUUUUUUUAUAUACAGCGUUGUAUCUCUGCUGGCUUCAUGCAGAGGAGAGUUUAGCGGUACGCUAUGUUGCUAAAAUGUAUGCAAGAGUCAGUUUAUAUGCAGCAAACAGUUAUGUAUUUUUGCUAGUUUUUUUAUACGUAUCAAUUACCAUAUCAGUACGAUGUACAUAAUAAUUAUUCAAUUUAUAAGGCACAUUUAAUCGAGUUUCUCAAAGCUUUGUACAAGACACGGGCAGCAAACACUCAGCAUAAAAAAAUAGCUCACGAAACAAAAAAAAUAUAUCAUGCUCAAAUAAUGCUAAACGCCAUUAUCUAAAUCAACUAAUAGUUGAAUACACGGAAGUGUCUAAAUACGUUUUCGGUCGUGUUUUACUCGGAGAUCCUGGAGAUGUCGCGGAUUAGAGGGAGUCCCCAGAGUCUGGGGGUCUUGCACGGGCAGCAGCUCGGUCAACCCAGACGAGCGGAGAAGCCUCCGCGAUGUGGGGACGCGGAGAAGAUCCGCAUCCCCACACCGUAGAGACCUUGACGGCACGUGGAUACAGCGUGCCCCUGAUAUACAGGGUGCUACAGAUUUCUUGUGACCCCUCCCCCCCACCCCCAAAAUUAAUUAACGCCUCACACUUUUUUUUUCCUUUAGCAAUAUUAAUUUCUGUUUUAAACCUUAUCUAGGAUUUUAUGUAGCGCUUUUAUCGAAGCGCUUUACAAUAGAUUAUUGGUUCUUUCGGUAAAGUCACGUAGAAGGGAAGCAAUCAAAUAAUAAAAAUAUAAAGCAAUAAAAUUUUCACGACGUUUCGACUGCAACACAAGCAAUCAUCAUCAGGUGUGAAAACCACAGCAAUAGUUAUAAAUUGCACAUUAGUGUUGGCUAAUGGGGAUGGGGUUUGAGUGUUGGGGAGUGGAAGGGAUGUUAGGGAAGUAUGAUGAUAGGGAAAGGGGGGGGGGCGAGGUUAGGAAGGGGAAGGGAGAGGAUGGUUAAGGUUUUAAGCACGAGAACAGGAAGUAGUAGAGGAAUACGCUAAAAUAAAUAUUCCUUAAAAUAUUUAUUUAGUUGCAGAGAAUUAAAUUGUGGUCACAAGACAUCUGGACCACGCUGUCGGCUGGGGCGAGGUGGUUCAGAGCUUUGUAAGUUUGCCUCGUCCGUUCGGGUUCAUACAACCUUCAUCUAACUUGGCGUGUCGCCAUGAUUCAUUCAACAGAGGCUGUUAAACCAAAUGUUUGCAUUACCUUUACUGAUGAAAAUGUGGAUUUUUGUUCUUCAUAAAGACCAUAUAUAUUGCAUAUGAGCCAGUGUCUGUAGAUUUGUUUUUUUUAACGUUCGAGACCCAUGCUUUGGUGAAGGCAACGUAUUGCAAAUGGCAAUCUCUGUGUUAAAGUCGGUAUAUACAGGGUGGCCCAAAAGUCAAGACACACGGGGUUAUAUUUAGUUUAACAAAUAACAGGGUCAUUUUUUUUAAAUCAAUGUUCAAACUCACUUGCAAAAACAUUAAUGCAUGCAGGAAUGAUCUUUUGAAAUGAAUGUAGGACAGGUGUAAUCUUUGAACAUUCGUUCAUGGUUUUUGGUCGAGUUUUGUAAACAAUGAAUUUGUAUGAUAUAUGUAAUUUUUACUUUAAAUAAUAAACAAUUGAAAUGUCUUACUGCCAGUGUUAAAAUAAAUGAAAUAACCCUACGUGUCCUGACUUUUUGGGCCACCAAUCCAUUUAUCGUCAGCUCUACCAAACUAACAGCGAGACACUAUCGAGAAAACAAUAUUUAUUUUUCUAAAAAUAACUCUACACGUAUCCCACAAAUCUAAAUAGACAUUUAAAAAAGCAUAUAUUAACACUGUCCUCUGUGAGACACGGAGCCGUCACCUACACAAGAUUCAAGAAGAUUUUGACAAGAGCGAUAUUCGGAAUUGGUGGAGUGCCUAUAAAUGGAACGCCCUGUAUAUACGAAUUAUUAAUGAGAUGUAUCACAUCAUCUAUACAACGCUGCGUGCCAGUGUGAGAUCAAACGGGGUACGCUUCUGAGCGCUCAUGUUGUACAAGUCCUUCAGACUUGUGAAUAUACUCAUGUACAAAAGCAAAGGCGUAACUCGAAUAAUAAUAAUUUGCCUUCGGUGAUCGAUUAAUCGACGAAAGUGUCCUUUGCGAGUUGCUCACACCUUAUCACAUGUGUUUGUGUACGUCUGAUGUUACGUUUUUUUGUUGUUUCAAAUAUGAAUUGACACUUUCAUCAUCCCCUCUUUGUGUGUAGAUUUCACAAAAGACGAUACGAAAUAAAGGCGGGCCUGGCUUGUUUUGA